GAAGAACUAGACUGCAGUUAUCGGCUACAUUUUGACUGGCCAUGGUUAUAGUAUGAAAAACGUGUUAAUACAAUUCACCAUCAAUCAUGAUUUUGUCUCGAAUGAAGCCUGCAGUCUGGGGUGAGACCGCCGUUAACUCAACUGAGAAAAAAAGAAAAAAUAAAACGAAAAAGACUCCACGCUUAGAAGACUAUCUCAGCCAAAGAGACUAUCUGGGAGCCCUCACACUGUUGGAGUUCCAACGGAAUGGAGGUGUGGUGGAGGACAAUGCAGACCUUUGGGUUGGAUACUGUGCAUUUCACCUGGGAGACCACAAGAGAGCUAUGGAAGAGUACAAGAGCCUGGCUGCUAGGCCAGACUGCCCGGCUGACGUCUGGGUCUACCUUGGAUGCUCCCUCUUCUUUCUGGGUCUUUACAAAGAGGCAGAGGAGGUUGCAUUCAAAGGGCCAAAGAGCCAACUCCAAAACCGCCUACUCUUUCAUUUGGCCCACAAGUUUAGUGAUGAGAAGAAGCUGAUGGGAUUCCACCAGAACCUGGAGGAUGUUACAGAGGACCAGCUGAGCUUGGCCUCCAUCCACUACAUGCGCUCCCACUACCAGGAGGCCAUCGAAAUCUACAAACGCAUCCUGCUGCAGGACAGGGAGUUAUUGGCGCUGAAUGUGUAUGUAGCUCUGUGCUACUAUAAACUGGAUUACUAUGACGUGUCCCAGGAGGUGCUGGCUGUGUACUUGCAGAGCAUUCCAGACUCCACCAUUGCCCUCAACCUCAAAGCCUGCAACCACUUCAGACUGUACAACGGCAAGGCAGCUGAGGCAGAGCUGAAGAACCUGAUUGAUAUCUCCUCUAGCUCGUUUGAGUUUGCUAAGGAGCUAAUCCGCCACAACCUGGUGGUGUUCCGUGGGGGGGACGGCGCCUUGCAGGUCCUGCCCCCUCUCAUUGACGUCAUCCCCGAGGCACGACUAAACCUGGUCAUCUACUACCUCCGACAAGAUGAUGUUCAAGAAGCAUACAAUCUCAUCAAAGACCUGGAGCCCACAACCCCUCAAGAAUACAUCCUUAAAGGUGUGGUGAAUGCAGCACUGGGACAGGAAAUUGGAUCUAGGGACCAUUUAAAGAUUGCUCAGCAGUUUUUCCAGCUGGUUGGAGGCUCUGCCAGUGAAUGUGACACCAUCCCAGGACGCCAGUGCAUGGCAUCUUGCUUCUUCUUGCUGAAGCAGUUUGAGGAUGUGCUCAUCUACCUCAACUCAGUCAAGAGCUACUUCUACACUGAUGACACAUUCAACUUUAACUAUGCACAGGCCAAGGCUUCCUUAGGGAACUACAAAGAAGCUGAGGAGGUGUUUCUGCUUAUCCACAGUGACAAGAUCAAGAAUGACUAUGUUUAUCUGAGUUGGCUGGCCCGCUGUUACAUAAUGAACCAAAAGGCUCGGCUGGCAUGGGAGCUCUAUCUAAAAAUGGAGACCUCGUCUGAGUCCUUCAGCCUCCUGCAACUCAUAGCCAACGACUGCUACAAGAUGGGGCAGUUCUACUACGCCGCAAAGGCGUUUGAUGUUCUGGAGCGGCUAGACCCGAACCCCGAAUACUGGGAAGGGAAGCGGGGGGCCUGCGUGGGAAUCUUCCAGCUCAUCCUGGCCGGUCGAGAGCCCAGAGAGAGUCUGAAGGAAGUGUUGCCCAUGCUGCGCAUCACUGGCAAUCCGCAGGUGGAAUACAUCAUCCGCAUCACGAAGAAAUGGGCCAAAGACAACAGAGUGGCACUCUGAUUUCACACAUGCUGUAUGACGCACCCAAGCAUUCGCUACUAUACACGUGAUGAAUGUUUAUUAUAAGCAAAAAUGUGAUCGGUUUUGUAAAAUCAUUUAUCUAAACCUAGGUGAUGUGUAUUUUAUAAUUAUAAUGGAAUAGAAUCAUUCAUAUUUUUGUAAAGAAAAGCACGAACAUGUAAGGUUUUAAAAUUAUUCUAUAUAAAUGCUUUAAAACCCAGAUGCAAAUUAAUAUGCUAUCACGUCAUUAAUAAACAUUGUAGCAAUGUU